AUGGCCACCACCUUGCCCCGCCCUUCGCGGCCGUCAAACGGGCCGCCAAACAUGGCCUUGCCAGCCUUGCCAGUCUCGAAAACCCGCAAAAGCACAGGAGGCAUGCUCGCUGCUCCUUCAUCACCGUCUCCGAGUCCUGUUCCAGGAAUUCCACGACCGUCCGGCAUCGCGACCAACCCCACAACGCCUCGCAGCAGCCUUCGCGCUCCGUCAAUGAACCUGAAUCCGCCUACGCCAGUUCCGACAACGGCGCUUCCCCAGCCAAAGGGACUCCCCGCCCCAGUGAACGCCGCCGGCAAAACUUUGAGGAAGAGUGUUAGCAUCCACUCUUUCCCUCACCCUCCUCGUGGAGAGCAGCGAUCGAGCAGCCUUCCACCCAGCCCUCUGGCCAGCGAAAAGACGCCUCGCACCUCUCGCAAGUCGAAGUUGCCGAAAGAACUGGUAUCACAGAGCCCCUACGCGCCCACCACACCUAGCCUGCUCAACGGCAGCGGCGAAGGCAAAUCCAUACGCAUGUCCGACGGCCUCAUUAGUGUAGGAUCACCGACACCGAGCCGUAGCUCAUCUGCGCAGGACUCGUAUUCAACUUCUGCCACUACAUAUGACGAACCGAUGGAGACUCAAAAUCACCAGCCCGAGGCCGGUGCCUCUGCGUCCAGCUCAGCAGACUCUGAGAAGCGAUCAUCCAAGUCUGAGGGCAAGGGCAACGUCGUUGUCAGCGUGCGUGUGCGACCUGAUACUUCCGGAAAGGAGCAGAACCCAGAGGGAGAAUGGAUGGUGGACGGACGCAAGUCUCUGAUUUCAUAUAAAGGAAAAGAAGGAGGAGACCACACUUACGACAAUGUAUUUACUACUCAUGAUAAAAACUCCCGAGUAUAUGACCACAUCGCCAAGCGUCUUGUACGACGCGUCAUGGAGGGCUACCACGGAACUGUAUUUGCCUACGGCAUGACCGGAACAGGUAAAACAUUUUCCAUGCAGGGCACCGCCACACAGCCGGGUGUUAUUCCAUUGGCCAUUACCGACAUUUUCUCUUAUAUCCGCGAAACUCCAUCGCGCGAGUUUCUCCUGCGGGUGAGUUACUUGGAGAUAUAUAAUGAGAAGAUUCACGACUUGUUGAGCAUGCCCACUGGCGGUGGUGUAGGUGGCGCGCAACAAGAGGAGAUCAAGCUGCGGGAGGAUAGCAAACGCGGCGUCUACGCUACGCCAUUAAAGGAGGAAAUUGUGCAGAGCCCAACGCAGCUGCUGAGAGUCAUUGCCCGAGGUGAUCAAGCACGACGAACAGCUAGCACGCAGUUCAACGCCCGCAGUUCUCGCAGUCACGCUGUCGUGCAGAUCGUUGUCGAAAGCCGGCAGCGUCUGCCCGGUGCUGCUCAUGACGGCAACAAGCGCUCCGGAAUCCCCCCUGGUGGCGUUCGUGUUUCGACGCUGAGCCUGAUCGAUCUUGCAGGCUCAGAAAAAGCUGCUGAAACCAAGGAGCGCCGUCAGGAGGGUGCACAUAUCAACAAAAGUCUUCUUACUCUGGGAACUGUUAUUGCCAAGCUUUCCGAGUGGAAGGACAAGGAGGGCAAAGCCAGUGACAAAGACGGAAAGCAUCUGCCGUACCGUGACUCCAAGCUAACGAGAUUGCUGCAAGGCGCACUCGCUGGCAACUCGUUGGUCAGUAUUCUGUGCACCAUCCAGAUUGGAGCAGCCAAUAGCGCAGCUGCCGCCAAUAGCCACACAACGGAAACUCUCAACACGCUCAAGUUUGCGAGCAGAGCCAAGAAUAGCAUCGUCAGUCAUGCCAAGAAGGCUGAGGAGGCUCUUGGUUCCGGCGGCGAAGGUGGUGCGCGAGUGCUGCUGGAGCGUUAUCGCAUGGAAAUUGUUGAACUCCGACAGCAGUUGGACUCACAGUCCAAAAACAAGAAGAGCGCCACAGAUGAGGAUACCUCUGAAAAGGACAGGGACGAAGAACAAGAGAAGGCCUUUGAGCUCGAGGCUGCAGAGAGACGCGAGGAACAGAUGCUGGAGAUGCAGCUCGCGCGCACUGCGCUCAAAGAACGUAUCGACCAUCUAAACCGCCUUAUUCUGAGCUCCAAAUCGAUUGGGGUGAACUCGAGUGGCUCGCUCAGCUCGCUCAGCCAAUAUGCCAGAUUUUCUCAAGUCUCCCUGACGGGAUCCAUGCGAUCGUCCAUGACGACACCAAGUGGCGGACGCGAAUCUUUUGGCGGUCGGGAUUCUUUCGCAAGCCGAGACUCUCUUGGCGGGCAUUCGUUUGCAGGCCGUGACUCACUUGCUGGCCGCGAGUCUUUAUUGGAUAGGACGACUUCGGUUACCUCGUCCUCAACAAUCGGUAGACGCUCAAGCGGAGGGCAAAGACUGAGCGGCGAAGGCGAAGGAGUGGCCGGGACGGAAGAAGAUGGCAUGGGCGAGUUUGGAGAUGGUAAUGCGUCGCUUACGGCCCAAAACCAUGCACUUCAGGCGGAUUUGGCGGACAAGAACCGGUACAUUGCGACCCUGGAGAAGCGACUGCUUCAAGCUCGGCGUGCGAGCUCGUCAAGAACGUCGGUCGGCCUGUCAGCGCCAAACAAGGGCAUCAUGGUGGGAGAGGACCACAGUGUGUCGGCGGUGCUCAGAGACAAGGAUGCCGAAAUUGCGGAUCUGCGAGCCAGACUAGACGACAAGGAUCGUAUGCUAGCAGCGCUGCGCAGUGCAGCACGCUCUCGCGAUACGGCUGAUGCAACUGUCGAGGUGCGCUUCUCGAACCCCGAGGUUGAACGGCCUGUCACGGACCAAACACCGACCAAAGGGCACGGCCGACGGACAAAGAGCGUGGAUGAGAUGAACAAGAUGCUCGAGGAGAUGAUCCAAGACCGGGUAGAAGCUGGCCAGAUCGUUAGAGGCGUGCGAGGCAGCGUGCGACUGCCACCCGGGGCGAAGCUGGAUGUCAUGGAAGAAGCGGCAAAGCAUCUGGAGCCUCUACGCCAGACACCAUCUCCUAUUGAAGCAGUGCCGACGGUACCUGCAGGUGAGGGUGUUGGCGAGGCUCUGUGA